AUGGCCGACCCCGUUGCCAGAACUGCUUCUCCUUAUCCCGACAAGAACGUUAAAGGACCUCGUUCAAAUCAGCAGCUCCAUUCCGCCGUUGCCCAUUCUCUCCUCCAAGACCGCAAGAUGAUUUCCAACAACAAAGUCAACAAGACCGCCCUCCACCCCGGUGGCAUUGAGCCCCAUCAGGAGGUGGAACACACAGAACUUGAAAUUGAACUUCACGACAAGGCACACAUCGAUUACGACAGAGUCGCAAUUAUCCCUAACCCUUCCGUUGCCGCACUUUACGAAGAUGCUCUUGUAUACGAAGUCGGUUCAGCCAUUGCUUCCAGCGGUGCCCUGACAGCAUACUCUGGCGCAAAGACCGGACGUUCUCCCUCAGAUAAGAGAAUCGUCAAGGAGGCAUCAUCAGAAAACGAUAUCUGGUGGGGACCAGUUAACAAGCCCAUGGCUCCUGAGGUGUGGAAAAUCAACCGCGAGCGUGCCAUUGACUACCUGAACACAAGGACGAGAAUCUACGUUGUUGACGGUUACGCCGGCUGGGACGAGAAGUACAGAAUUCGUGUCAGAGUUAUCUGUGCCCGUGCCUACCAUGCUCUGUUCAUGCGCAACAUGCUUAUCCGCCCUCCCCGUGAGGAGCUGGAGCACUUCCACCCCGACUACACCAUCUACAAUGCCGGUACUUUCCCCGCCAACAGAUACACUGAGGGUAUGACCUCGGGUACUUCCGUUGCCAUCAACUUUGCCGAGAAGGAGAUGGUCAUUCUUGGUACUGAGUACGCCGGUGAGAUGAAGAAGGGUGUUUUCACUGUUCUCUUCUACGAGAUGCCCAUCAAGCACCACGUCCUGACUCUGCACUCCUCUGCCAACGAGGGCAAGAACGGCGACGUUACUCUCUUCUUCGGUCUGUCUGGUACUGGCAAGACUACUCUGUCUGCCGACCCCAACCGUGCCCUGAUUGGUGACGACGAGCACUGCUGGAGUGACCGCGGUGUGUUCAACAUCGAGGGUGGCUGCUACGCCAAGUGCAUUGGCCUGUCGGCCGAGAAGGAGCCCGAUAUUCACGGUGCCAUCCGCUACGGCUCCGUUCUGGAGAACGUCGUCUUCGACCAGGAGACCCGUGAGGUUGACUACGACGACGCCACUCUUACCGAGAACACCAGAUGCGCCUACCCCAUUGAGUACAUCUCCAACGCCAAGAUUCCCUGCUUGUCGAACAACCACCCCAGCAACAUUAUCCUGUUGACCUGUGACGCUCGCGGUGUCCUGCCACCCAUCUCCAAGCUCAACAGCGCCCAGACCAUGUUCCACUUCAUCUCUGGUUACACCUCCAAGAUGGCCGGUACUGAGGAUGGUGUCACUGAGCCCCAGGCCACUUUCUCGUCCUGCUUCGCUCAGCCCUUCUUGGCUCUUCACCCCAUGAAGUACGCCAAGAUGUUGGCCGAGAAGAUUGAGCAGCACUCUGCCAAUGCCUGGCUCCUCAACACCGGUUGGGUCGGUGCCGGUUACACCCACGGUGGCAAGCGUUGCCCGCUCAAGUACACUCGUGCCAUCCUCGACGCCAUCCACUCGGGUGAGCUCGCCAACGCCCCGUACGAGACCUACGAGGUCUUCAACCUCCAGGUUCCCAAGACCUGCCCCGGCGUCCCCGACGAGCUGCUCAACCCCGCCACCGCCUGGACCGCCGGCAAGGAGAGCUUCCAGCAGGAGGUCAAGAAGCUUGGCGGUCUCUUCAUUGAGAACUUCAAGAAGUACGAGUCGGAAGCUACUGACGACGUCAAGGCUGCCGGCCCUGUUGUCUAA